AAAAUAUAUUAAAUUAUUGUUGAUUUUAGGGAGACUAGAAGAAUCAAAAAAAGUGAGGUUAUCUUUAAUCAUGGCCACAAUAAGAUGUUUAAGAAAUCAUUUAUUUAACAGAAAUGACCUUAAAAAAUCUCCUUUAAUCAGUUUAAUAAGCUUAAGAAACUUAAAUUAUGCUUCUAAAGAAUAUAAUGAAAAAGAUCCAUCUCCGUUAUUCUUCAACAAAGAGACCCAAUCUUUGUUAAAAACCUUGACUAGAAUUAAUUUGGAUGUAGUAUUUCGCAGGCGCAAAAUGGGACAAAGACUAUUGUCGAUACCCACUCAAAAAUUUUUAACAGAAGAUCAACUUCAAGAAGCAAUGAGAGAUGCUGAGAAUCAAGUGGAGAAUAUAAUUCAAAUACCACCUGUAAUUAAAAUAAGGAAACCUAUAGAUGUAAUAAUAUCCUGUGAUCCAGCAUUGAAGGGUUUAGAAGAAUCAAAAAUGGUUUUUACCGAUAUCACUUUUGGUUUGAAUAAUUCUGAAAGGCUUAUUGUUAUAAGAGAACCCUGUGGUACUUUAAGACAUGCUGAUUGGGAUACCAGAGAACGAAUGAAUCAAAUUUACUUCCCAUUACAAGGGAAAAAAUACAGAAUUCCCCAAAUGUUUCAAGAUAUUUAUUUUGAAGAUUUAUUAAAACGCAAAGAAUAUAAAUUCAUUUUGGACAAAACUUGUGUUCAAUUUGAACCAGAUUCCGUUGAAUAUCAAAAAUUUACAAGCAUAACUUAUCAAUAUAUCAAUGAUAAUCAUCAUUUUGAUUGUUUACGAUCAACAAGGCAUUUUGGUUCAAUGUGUUUCUUUUUAGUUUGGCACAAAAUCAUUGAUAAUUUAUUAUUAGAACUGAUUCAAACUGAAAAUGUAAUAGAGGCGAACGUUUUAUUAAACUUAUAUUGUAAAAUACAUAAUGUUAGGUUAGAUUUUAAAGAAACUGAUGAUUUAGUAAGUGUUGAAGAGUAUAUUGCUAAGUACUCAGAGAAAAAGGCUCCUUUAGAAUUAGCUGUUCAAGCUUACAAAGAAUUAUUACGCGAACGUAUUGAGUUAGAAAAAGGGAUUAAAAGAGCUCAUGGUGUUGUUUAAUUUAAGAAAGAUAUUGUUUAAUAAAUAUUAAUAAAAUAAAAAAGAGUUUUAUUUGGUUCAA